AUGGCAGAGGGGCUGCAGAGGGAUCCGCUGAACGUCGAGGGCCUCGCAGACCCCGUCAACACCUCGUACGCUGCAGGCGGGAGCCCCGAGACCGGGAACCCGCCCAUCGUGCUGCUGCACGGCUUCGACAGCAGCUGCCUUGAGUUCCGGCGACUGUUCCCGCUCUUGUCUGAGAGGACCGACACCUACGCAGUGGACUUGAUCGGGUGGGGCUUCACUGAGACCGGCCACACGGACGACGGCGCCGUGGAGGGCCCCCCGAUCGGCCCCGACCAGAAGCGCGCGCACCUGUACGCGUUCUGGGAGCAGAAGCUGCAGAAGCGGAAAAUGGUCCUCGUCGGCGCCUCGCUCGGUGGCGCGACCGCCAUCGACUUCGCCGUCGAGCACCCCGAGGCCGUCGAGCGGCUUGUUCUCGUGGACAGCCAGGCGUUCAUCGAUGGUGUUGACUCAAUGUGGAAGCCGCUCGCCAUGAUGGGCCUCUCGGUCCUCCAGUCCAAGCCGCUGCGCGACCUCGCGAACAAGAUGGCGUACUACGACAAGGAGCGCCUGGCGACCAAGGACGCCAUGCACGUCGGCAGGCUGCACACGUUCAUGCCGGGAUGGAAGGAGGCGGGUUUCGCGUUCAUGGAGUCUCAGGGUUACAAGAUCUCCAAGAAAGUCAGCCAGAUCUCGGUGCCCACCCUGAUCUGCUGGGGCCGCCAAGACGAAAUCCUCGACCCCGCGAACGCCAAGAGGUUCGAGGAGGAAAUCGAGGGGUCGAAGCUCGUGUGGCUCGAGGAGUGUGGGCACUGCGGCCACCUUGAACAGCCCCAGCGACUUGCAGCGGAGAUCUUCGACUUCAUGUCCAUCGAGGCGGCGCAGCCUGAGCUCGCGGCCAAGCAGAGCUGA